AUGGAGUCGUUCAAGGAAUUCAAGAUCACAGCGUCUGCGACCACGGACACUGAUACUCAUCCCGUUGAGAGAUCGACCACCCAAGUCGAUAACAGUGACCAGCCAGACGGGACUACUGAUGACACUUCCGCAAAUCAAAGUACAGCUCUAACCGACGUCACUCAACCCAUCAACGUCAAUCUCGAAGGUUCAGAUGAUGGAGAGAAACCAGUACCUCAAUUGUUUCCCCUAUUGUCGAAUAAUCCGCCAGAAUCACCGACUUUGCCUCCCAAUCGAAGGGACUCGGAAGACGACGAUGAAGAGCUGGAAUUAUCCAAAUCGUUCGGUCGAACGUCCAGCCCUGAUCCGACUACACUCCAACGCAACAAAGGAGCACUAAUCACAAAGGUUGGGGAAGAGGGUGUUGUUCGGAUGCACAAGUUCACUUUGCACGAAACCGCGAACAAGUAUUAUAUUGUGGGUUCUGAUAUCCUGGAUUCUGCUUUCCGAAUCUUGAAAAUUGAUAGAACUGCCGAACCUGGCGAGUUGAACGUUAUCGAAGAUGACAUUGUCUACACCAAGAAAGAGACAUUUCAGAUCCUCAACGCAAUCGAUGAGGGUAAUCGAGCCACUGGUGGACUCAAGCUGAAGACAACCUUCUGGGGCUUGCUUGGUUUCAUUCGCUUCACCUCCCACUAUUACAUGCUCUGUGUCACCAAGAGAAGCCAAGUGGCCAUGGUCGGAGGCCAUUACAUCUACCAAAUUGACAAGACUGAACUUAUGCCAUUGGUCACUGCAGCCUCCACCCGGAUCAAAUCUGACAAGAGUUUGGAGGAGGCUCGCUUUGUUGGGAUUUUGAACAAUCUCGACCUCACUCGAUCAUUCUACUUCAGCUAUUCUUACGAUGUCACCAGAACUCUUCAGCACAAUAUCAUGCGUGAGCGUCAGGCCCUGCAAGAUGGACUAGCCGAGCCUGUGAAAUGUGACCACAAUGACAUGUUCAUCUGGAACCACCAUCUCCUUGAACCAGCUAAAAGAGUUCUCAAGGCUCCUUUCGACUGGUGUCUUUCCAUUGUCCAUGGUUAUGUGGAUCAAAGCGCCUUGUCAGUCUAUUGGGGACGAGUUGUCUACGUUACGAUCAUUGCUCGACGAUCGCGCUUCUUCGCAGGCGCUCGAUAUCUCAAACGAGGAGCGAACGAUCUCGGCUAUGUCGCGAAUGAUGUGGAAACUGAACAGAUCGUCUCAGAGAUGCUCACUACAUCUUUCCAUUCUCCUGGCCCUACACUUUUCGCAAACAACAAGUAUACAUCUCAUGUACAACAUCGAGGAAGUAUUCCCCUACACUGGACACAAGACAGUACAGGUGUCUCUCCCAAGCCAGACAUCCAUCUUAACGUGGUGGACCCCUUCUUCAGUGCUGCGGCUCUCCAUUUUGAUAAUCUGUUCAAGCGCUAUGGUACCCCAAUCUACUGCCUCAAUCUCAUCAAGGCUCGCGAACGAACUCCGAGAGAGUCAAAAUUGUUGAAAGAGUACACAGUCGCAGUAAACUAUCUCAACCAAUUCCUCCCCGAGGACAAGAGAAUUCUUUACCACGCAUGGGAUAUGAGCCGAGCAUCAAAAUCUAGAGAUCAAGAUGUGAUUGGGAGUCUUGAGGCCAUUGCGGAAGAUAUCCUGCCCAAGACUAGUUUCUUUCAGAACGGAAAUGAUGCAGAAAGUGGUCUCAAACUUCAAAGCGGCGUGGCACGUACCAAUUGUAUAGAUUGCCUUGAUCGCACAAACGCAGCUCAAUUCGUCAUUGCCAAAAAGGCUUUUGGAUAUCAACUCCAAGCUUUGGGUGUGAUUGAGCAUCCUUCUGUCGAAUACGAUUCUGACGCGGUGAACCUAUUCACCCAUAUGUGGCAUGACCACGGUGAUACCAUUGCAGUCCAGUAUGGUGGAUCUCACCUGGUCAAUACUAUGUCUACCUAUCGCAAAAUCAAUCAAUGGACAAGCCACAGUCGAGACAUGGUCGAGAGCUUUAAGCGAUAUUACAAUAAUUCGUUCAUGGACGCUCAACGACAAGAGGCAUACAAUCUUUUCCUUGGCAACUACAUAUUUGAGCAAGGUGAACCCAUGUUGUGGGAUCUUUCCACUGAUUACUACCUGCAUCAUUCAAACCCUCGUUCGAUGUUUGGGAAACGCCGUCCGAGCUAUCGCCACUGGUACACCGACGAAUACCUUGAACAGCCCCAUAUACCACCCACAAUUUGGCCAAUAGACUAUCGUGACAGACCACUGGGAUACUUUGACGACUUCUGGGUAGAGUACUACCGCCCACUGGCGCUCUCCAGUUUCAAAAAGUUGUUUUCCUUCAAGAUGCGCUCCAAUCUCAGGUAUAUUCCACUGAAUUCCACAGCUGCAGGAAAGUAUGAUUUGUCACCUUUCAAAGUCCGUACAGCGAAUGACAGUGAAUCUGAGAAUGGUCACGAGAAAUCCCACGUCCGGAAGGGUGUGAAGAUCGUUGCGCCCUCUGACGACGCCACAACGAUCUCGUCCAUCGAUGGCGUUCUGAAAUCGACUUCAAGCACCACGAUGGAACCAGCUCCGAAGCCUUCGACCCUUGGUCCGUGGCUCGAUGCACAGCAGCAGAUGCAUAACACCAUGCAGAAACGACAAUACACCGGAAUAAUAAAAGAGCCAUCUUUUGAGGUCCAGUCUCCUGCAUUACCAAGGAUCCCGAAAUUACCCACAGCAAACACAUCCGAUUUGACUGGGUCGUCCUUCGCCACUGGGCCACCCACCAAAGCCGAUCUGGCACUCCACGCCUUCACACUACUGAUCUCAAAAUCAAUUAAUCCGCAAGUCCGACAGGCUGACGAAUACCAACGAUAUGUUGCCCAUCCUAGUACAAUUCCCCUUGUGGUAUCAUCCGCCACCGACUACUCAUCAGCACCGCUCGAGUAUUUGGAAUACCUGUCAAAGACGGCCUCAGAUCCAGCGGAACACAAGGUUCUUCGGGCUUACGAUGACGAGCGAGGUGCCGUCAGCCUGACACUAGAGGAGCGAGCGGAGGCCAGCCUCGACGACUAUGUGGAGUAUUUGGCGAGUGGGAGCAUGGAGGAGCCCUUGACGGUGUUGGACGAGGACACAGGAAAGAAACGUUACAAGGCGUACCGAAAAUGGCUGAAAGGGAAGAGUCUCUUCAAGCAGCGUCCGGUAGUUGGCGACGAGAUGGAAGCAGUGGGAGACACUGGUAGGGAUUCAUAUUCGACGAUUGGAAGACUUGUAUCGUAG